AGUGAACAAACACUCUGACACUCAGAGUCGACGCGGCUGCAGAGCUCUGCGCUCCAACUAUGGAUGUGUGCUGAGAGGGAACCCCUGAGAGAGAGACAGAGAGACAGACAGAGAGAGAGACAGGCUGAGAGAGAGAGAGACUGGAGCAGACUGCCGGUGGAUGUGUGAGUGUGUGGCCGGGCUGCGGUGGAUCUGUGCCGGCCCCGCUGUGAAUGGGAUUACGCCGGUUGUUCCGUGUCUCCUGUCGGUGCUGCUGGAGGAAACAUGCGGCUGCAGAGCUUCCCGGUGUCCUCGGUCCUCCUCCCGCUGCUGCUGCUGCCGCUGCUCGGGCUCUGCAGCGGCACAAGUUUCCCAAGUAACAUCAACAUAGGAGGCCUUUUCCCCACCGGCUCCCAUGAGUACGAGGUGUUUCGUUUUGCUCUGGCGCAACACCAGGACGUCCCUAAACUGGUGCCACAAGUGGACAUGGUGGACACGGGGAGCAGCUUCGCCAUGACCUACGCCUUCUGCUCCCAGUUCUCCAAGGGCGUGUACGCCAUCAUGGGUCUGUACGACCGGCGGACGGUCAACAUGCUGAUGUCUUUCUGCGGCUCUCUGCACGUCUGCUUCGUCACGCCGUCCUUCCCCGUUCACACCAACAACCAGUUCGUCCUGCAGCUGCGGCCCCAGCUGCAGGAGCCCCUCAUGGCCCUGCUGGAGCGCUUCGAGUGGACCAGGUUCGUCUACAUGUACAGCUCCAACUCAGGUCUGUCGGUGCUGCAGAGGAUCUUGGACACGGCGGCGGAGCACAGUUGGCAGGUCACCUCCGUUAACUUGGACACGCUGACAGAAGCCGGCUUCAUCAAGCUGCUGGCAGAUCUGGACUAUAAGAAGGACUUUCAGAUCAUCAUCGACUGCGAGCUGGAACGACUCAACUCCAUCCUCAACCUGAUUGCUGCUCAGAGGAGAAACUUGAAGAACUACCAUUACGUCCUGGCCAAUCUGGGCUUCAUGGAUCUGAACUUGACGGAGUUUCAGAAGCUCGGGCCCAACGUGACGGGCUUCCAGCUGGUGAACCGGUCCGAUCCAGCUGUGGAGAAGAUCAACCAGGACUGGCUGGACUUCGACAGCAAAGACCUCAAACUUGCCCGCAGGAGGCUCAAGUACACCGGAGCUCUGACCUACGAUGGCGUCAGCGUCAUGGCGACGGCGUUUCAGAACCUGCGGCGGCAACGGAUCGACAUCUCUCGCCGUGGCAACGCCGGGGAGUGUCUGGCAAACCCUCCCGCCCCCUGGGGACAGGGCAUCGACAUACAGCGAGCACUGCAACAGGUGCGUCUGGAGGGCCUGACGGGUUGGGUUCAGUUUGACGAGCGAGGACAUCGCACCAACUACACUCUGACUGUGAUGGAGCUCAGCCACAGCGGACCCAGGAAGAUCGGCUUCUGGAACGAGAGGAGAGGCUACGUGAACACCAACAUCUACCGGCCAGUGGUGGAGGAGUUCCACGGUCUGCAGAACAGAACAUACGUAGUGACCACCAUCCUGGAAGCCCCGUACAUGAUGCUGAAGAAGAACCACGAGCAGCUUGAAGGAAACGACAGGUACGAAGGUUACUGCGCCGAACUGGCCUCAGAGAUCGCCAAACACGUCGGCUUCGUCUACCGGCUCGAGCUGGUGGGGGACGGCAAGUACGGCGCCCGAGACGCAGAAACAAAGAUGUGGAACGGCAUGGUGGGAGAACUGGUGUACGGGAAGGCCGACGUGGCGGUCGCCCCGCUCACCAUCACUCUGGUGCGAGAGCAGGUGAUCGACUUCACCAAACCCUUCAUGUCUCUGGGAAUCUCCAUCAUGAUCAAGAAACCCACAAAGUCCAAACCGGGCGUCUUCUCCUUCCUCGACCCGCUGGCCUACGAGAUCUGGAUGUGCAUCGUCUUCGCCUACAUCGGAGUCAGCGUGGUGCUCUUCCUGGUGAGUCGUUUCAGUCCUUAUGAGUGGAAGGGUGAAGAUGAAGAUGAUGAAGAUGAAACUCUGCCUUCCUCUGCCUCUCGACGAGCUCUGCCGACUUCUUCCUCUGAGCUCGCUCACUCUCCAGGGUACUCCCAGAACCAGAACCAAAACCAGAACCAGAACCAGCAGAAAGAAAAAGAGGCUCCAGAACACAGCAAUGACUUUGGGAUCUUUAACUCUCUCUGGUUCUCACUCGGGGCCUUCAUGCAGCAGGGCUGUGACAUCUCCCCCAGGUCUCUCUCGGGUCGGAUCGUGGGAGGAGUUUGGUGGUUUUUCACCCUCAUCAUCAUCUCCUCCUAUACAGCCAACCUGGCAGCCUUCCUCACAGUGGAGAGGAUGGUCUCCCCCAUAGAGAGCGCAGAGGACCUGGCCAAGCAGACGGAAAUCGCCUACGGUACCCUGGAGGGAGGCUCCACCAAAGAGUUCUUCAGGCGGUCCAAAAUAGCAGUUUUCGAGAAGAUGUGGUCGUACAUGCGAAGCGCCGACCCCACAGUGUUCGUCAAGAACACCAAUGAAGGUGUGAUUAGAGUCAGAAAGUCGAAGGGGAAGUACGCCUACCUGCUUGAGUCCUCCAUGAACGAGUACAUCGAGCAGAGGAAGCCCUGCGACACCAUGAAAGUAGGAGGCAACCUGGACUCUAAAGGCUAUGGAGUGGCCACGCCCAAAGGAUCGCCCCUCAGAAACCCUGUUAACUUGGCAGUAUUAAAACUGAACGAGCAGGGCCUGUUGGACAAAUUGAAAAACAGAUGGUGGUAUGACAAGGGAGAGUGCGGCACCGGGGGAGGGGACUCCAAGGACAAGACGAGCGCGCUCAGUCUGAGCAACGUGGCGGGAGUGUUUUACAUCCUGAUCGGUGGGCUGGGGCUGGCAAUGCUCGUGGCUCUGGUCGAGUUCUGCUACAAGUCCCGGAUCGAGUCCAGAAGAAUGAAGGAGCUCAUCGAUGCCGCCAUGAUGAGCACCAGCCUCGGCGGGAUGGCGGGCGGAGGAGGAGGCGCGGCAGGCGGUGGUUAUGGAGGAGGAGCGUCGGGUCUCGGAGGCGAGAACGGCCGUGUGGUGGCGCAUGAUUUCCCGAAAGCCGGAGCUCAAGGUUUACCCUGCAUGGGCAAAGCUGCCGGGCUGGGACUGUCCUCCACGGGCAUGUGAUCAAAACGGAGACUCCUGAUUGGAUGGAGCGCUCCCGCCUGCCUGUCUGUCUGUAAGGAAAGAAAAGAGAAGGAAGGUGGUGGAGGGAGAAGAGAAGAGAGGAGAUUUGAGUAUGGAGAAAUGGAGGGAAAGAAAAAGGGUUAGGGUUAGAAAAUAAAGAAAGAAGGAGAAAGAGGAGGACAUUGGAGGAGAAAGGACAUAAAAAGAGAAGAAAAUGAGUUAGAAAAUAAGGAGGGAAAGAGAAUAAGAUCUCAAUAACGAAGGAGAAAAGAUGGAGGUUUUGGCAGGCAGGAGGAGCGUUCAUGUUCCCCGUGACUGGACUCUAUAUACAACAGAACUCUGAUGAACAGAGAGCACCUGAACACAACACCUGGGCUGAGUCGACAUGCUCCUGCAAGACGAGAAACUGGGCUCAACAACCUACAAACACUGAAACUCUACUUUUUCUACGAGCGCUGUCUUAAACUAAACUCCUCCUCUUCUGCAAUAAUAACCCGGGAACAGAGGAAGGACUCGUUUUUAAAAAAAUCUUAAUUAUUGCACCCACUCUUCUUCUUCUCCUCAAUCCGUCCCUUCACCUCCUCUCCUCCUCCUCCAGUUGGGCAGUAACACUGAAAGCUUCAUCACUUUCACACUAAAUGCCACUUUCGUAUCCGAGAGGGUUGAGGAAGUGUGAGCAUGUAAACAUUUUAAAGCAUUUCCACACACAGACACAAUGAUACAGUUUCAGUGUGAAGAGUUUCCUGCCUUUUGUUUGUACAUUUUGUGGCAAACGUACGCAGAUGUGAUGUCGUUAGAGGUCUUCAGAGGUCCAAAAAACGUUGGACCCGAUCUGAAAUAUACCCGACCUGAACAGUAAACCAGUCAACCUUUACAGACCCAAACAGAGAGAGAAGACCACAACCUGCAGUAACCUAAUCCAUGUAUCACAAUAUUAAAGUAACUUGAUUACUUCCUAUUACGUCAUAUGGAUUAGCCUACGUCAACACUAAAUUAAGAUAAGAGAAAUCAAUAUCAGUAAGAAGUAUUGAUGUAAAUGUGUUCUGUAACAAUGAAAGGAAAUGGAAAGAUGUUUAGCAUCAACGUGUCCUCUGCUCCGGUAUUUUUAAAGAAUUGUAAUCCUGCGAAAUAAUCCCCAUUUUACUAAAUGUAACUGUAAUCUGAUUACAUCUUUUUCUGUAACUCUAAUGGUUUACAGUUUUGGUAUCCUGAUUACAUAACUCAGUUACAUGUAAUCAGUUACUUCCCUAAAGCCCGAGCUGGACAAACCAUCAGUUAACACAGAAACUAAGUCCAAAAAUGAAUUUAAUCAGUUUAAAUGCUUCAAAGACAUAAAUAAAUAGAAAUAAUGAACACAAAUAAAUUAAUAAAGUUCUGUUUUCACCUCCUGCAAGAAAAAUCAUUUUCACCGCCUCCACCAUAAUUAGCUUUUAUCACAAUACAGUCGAACAAAGGACGCUACAAUCAUCACAUGACGUAAAGGUUGAUUUAUAGUUGUUCGUAGGCUCUACAUCGUGGCCUUCACAAGUUAUCUUCGCUGUUAUGAGUGUGUGUGCUGGUAUGUCUGCAAAUAGCACCGCCAAAACGCUAGUCAGCAGAGGGUUUCCUCCCUAAUCUCUUGCCGCGUUUUCCUCGUUUCCUAUCAAGUGAGGCUGAACGCGCUCUGUAGAUAUCAGUAUCAGCGUUAGAUGGAUUACUUUAACGGAUUACUCUCUCUGAAUACUUACGUAACAACGAGUAGUCGUCCGCUCCACGUGUGUUUGAUGACUGGAUAUUGAAUCAUCAACGUAAAAUGUUAAAGUCACAAGUUUAUUAACUGGUGGGAAAGUUUCAUCACCGUUGAAUCCCGACUAUAUCCGAAAUCCCAAAGAUAUCCUAAAUGUCCUUUAAUAGCAUAAAUAUUUCACACUGGCUGCUGAUUUACUAGAAUAUUUUGACCAGAUUUGGGGAUGUUACUUGAAACAUGUUAUUAAUUACUCAUAAAAGAAGUUUCAUUCAUUCAUCUUCAUCCGCUUAUCCGGAGUCGGGUCGCGGGGGUAGCAAGUUCAGCAGAGGACCCCAAACUUCCCUUUUCCUGGCCACAUCGGCCAACUCUGACUGGGGGAUCCCGAGGCGUUCCCAGGUCAGUAUUGAGAUAUAAUCUCUCCACCUGGUCCUCGGUCUGCCCCGUGGCUUCCUCCCAGCUGGACGUGCCAGGAACACCUCUCUCGGGAGGCGCCCUGGAUGCAUCCUCAUCAGAUGCCCGAACCAUCUCAGCUGGCUCCUUUCGACACAAAGGAGAAGCGGCUCUACUCCGAGUCCCUCGCGAGCUUCUCACCCUAUCCCUAAGGGAGACGCCGGCCACCCUCCUGAGGAAACCCAUUUUGGUCGCUUGUACCCGGGAUCUCGUUCUUUCGGUCACGACCCAUCUCUCAUGACCAUAGGUGAGGGUAGGAACAAAGAUCGACCGGUAGAUCGAGAGUUUCGCCUUUCGGCUCAACUCUCUUUUCGUGACAACAAUGCAGUACCGCCCCUGCUGCCUCGAUUCUCCAGCCAAUCUCUUGCUCCAUUCUACCCUCACUCGUGAACAAAACCCCGAGGUACUUGAACUUCUUCACUUGGGGUGUUUCAUAAAAGAAUUUAUAGUAAUUAUUAAUUUACUAAUUACUCAACAGAAGUAAUUAGUCACAUUAGUUUGGUUAUUCAGCUCAGCUCCAUCAAAGGUGCCUUUAAACAUCUACAACGCCUCCACACUUCUGUUUAAAACAAACAACAGUUUACGUUAGCUUAGCCUCGGGAAGUGCUCGCAGUGAAGCUUCCAACUCCUCCAAAACUGACUGAUCCCCGACUUAAGGGUUACCAACCAAAUGUAGGCAAAGCUACCGAUGGCUAACUAACAGCAGAUGCAACAUGCAGUAAAGAAGACUAUGGAGCUAGCGGGAGGUAGUAGAGGCUUACCUACCGGGAUUGUCCCAUUUUCAAGCUCGAUGUCUUGAGUCCUGAAAAAUAACAAAUCUGUAAAGCAUUUAAAUUUCCUUGUUUUCACAACAAUAAAAACAAUAAUUAUUUAACAAAUAUUUGUUUUGAUUGCUUAUAAAGUAAUGCACCACGUUUCUGAAUUCUCCGGCGUCAAAAUUGCUUCAUUCAUGGCUUCUAUGGUACUGAAAGGCGUGCUCCGUAGGUGUCCUGGGCGCUGAAAUAAUUGUCUGCCAUCCUGACGAAACCACCUAUGGUUUGAGGUUUGGGGCUUGAAAAUAUGAGCUAACGGAUCCCACAACGCAAGAAACAGUCCAUCAGACUCCUGUUACGAUAAUGAACAAAUGCUAAUUUAUCUAAGAAAUGUGGCAACUAUAAUAUAAUUACUGAGUUUCAAAUAGUAAUCCUUACACUACUAAUUGCCGGGGAAAAAAAAAUCACAUUCGUGUAACUUUUUACUAAGGCUGCCCUCGACAAAUCCUGGUGGACUGAAAGAUACAAUGGAUGAUGGAUAACAUUAACAGUAACUGGCUAAUUAACUGGCUACAAACUGGCUCCUCUUCCUCUGUUUCAUUCUCUUCUCAUUGACUAACGAUUAAGUGGACUAUUAGGGGGCAGCCCUGCUUAUUACUAAGUAAUGCAUCACUGGCCGACAGUCAUUAUGAUGAACCACAGGAUCAGCGAUACACAUUGGUAUUAGACACACUGUAUCAUAAUGGCUCGAGCGUAAUUUGGACCCGUCUCAGUUCAACAGAGCCGAGUGGACCCGCGAAGACCUCUAAUUGGUGUUUUCUCCACCACAAUAUUUACUGCAUUAUGCUGCUAAUACGAACUCAACACUACACAUGAUGAUAAAAUAGGACAAUAACACUUCAGUUAAGUAAUCUGGAACAACGUAAUGUUAAAAAUGACAUAAUUAUAUUGAAUUAAUUAAAUAAAGCAAUGGAAAUGUACAUUUUGCUGAGUUGUACAUUAUAUAACAGACACCAGGAGUUUAUCCACCCUUGUUUUCCCGCCUUUAAAUGUUCGGGGCAACCGCGCCCCCGACUGUUAUUUUAGACCCGGCUUUUAUUUGAGGAAAGCCCAUUUUCAGAGCCCCCAUUUGCUCUCGAUGCUGCUGAAAUGAUCAGAACAAAACAUGUUUACGAGUUCAUUCACAGGAAGAAACUGCUGUUAAACAUAUUGGGGUGAAUCUUCCUUUAAAUCUGAGGUUUUGUGGACGUUUGUGAAACGUACAGUUUAUGUGAUUCUGCUCUACCGUGUGGUUUAAACGACGAAUCUCAACGCAUUGCGGCUCCACUGAUCACGUGUUAGUUGAACAGCUGCUUCGGUUGAGUUCUGGUUGACGUCACAUUUCUUCUGUAUUUUCUCCUCCGUGUUUUCUGGAUUGAACACACAAUCGAAGCAUCGCAGCAGAACUUUUUAUACUCUGAAACUGAACAAAAAUCAGGAAAAUCGUGUUCACAUUUGUAUGAUAUGAAUGAUACACGUGCCGAGCUACACUUGUUUGUCUGAAUAAUGUUAUUUUUAAUUGUUUUCAUCAGUUUAUAAUGAUUUUGAUUUUGUUGAUUACAUUCGGAUCAGUUACUCUGUUUAAUAAAAAGUGAACAUUA